CAGUCGGAGGGAAUCCCGCGCGGAGAGUCGACGGUUUAAAAUAAAUAGUUUUUAUUAUAAAUUGGCAGUGCAUGGCUAAAAGUUGUACGAGUGAUACCAUUUAUAUAUACUAAGGUUUAAAUUUAAUUGGACAAUUGAAAUACAAAACCCUAAAAAUGGGGAUUAAAAAUAUAUCUGUCCUUUUUAUAUUAGCUGUGAUGUCAUGUGUUUUGAACUGUCAAAAUAUAUCAGAUUUAAUUUUUUUCCCAGAAUCCGGUAAUGGUAAAGCAGUGAUAUGUUACAUGACCACGUGGUCAAUAUACAGAACGGAUGACGCCAAAUUCAGGAUAUCUGACAUUGAUCCGACACUUUGCACUCAUGUCGUCUACGCGUUCUCCGGUUUUGACGAGAACAGGAAUACAGUCAAGAGUCUCGAUCCCGGUCUUGACACAGAUGGUAAAUUAGAGGGCGGAGGCUACAAAGCUAUGGCAGCUUUGAAGGAAAAGAAUCCUAACUUGAAAGUGCUUCUAUCCAUCGGAGGUUGGAACGAAGGCUCAUUAAAGUUCUCUAACUUGGCCGGAUCUCCCACUGCUAGAAAAACCUUUAUCAAAAGUAUACUUGAAUUUCUUACUACCUAUGGAUUCGAUGGUAUAGAUAUGCAUUGGAAGUUUCCUACGCAGAGAGACGGCAAACCAGAGGACAAAGAUAAUUGUGUAACUUUGAUGAAAGAAAUAAAAGAAGCUUUCACACCCGCAAGAUACACUUUAGCAAUGUCUGUGGGUGCACAGUACUACGUAAUGGAAGCCGCAUAUUCUUUGCCCAAGCUAAACGACUACGUGGAUUACUUUAUCGUAUUAGCUUACGAUUACCACGGUGUAUGGGACGGCGUAGUCAACGCUAACGCACCCCUAUAUGGUUUGAAUAAAGACGAUGUCUUCAGUAUUGACAAAUCAUUGAGAUACUUAAUGUACCAAGGAAUCAGCCCAAAGAAAAUUAUAUUAGGCUUGGCUCUGUUCGGUCGUACGUUCAUACUAGAAAAGGCUGAUACAGAAGAUAUUGAAUUCGGUCGUACUCCAGUCAAGAGCGAAGGAUUUGACGGACCUUAUACUAAAGAACGUGGUUUUAUUGGUUACAAUGAGAUAUGUAUGGAACUUACAAAGAAUGAUAAUGACUGGAUACGACUUUGGCACGAGAAGACAGCGACGCCAUACCUUCGUAAUGGAGACAAAAUCAUCACAUAUGAUAACGCGAGAUCUUUAGCUGCCAAAGUAAAAAAAGCAAUGGAAUUCAACCUUGGCGGAGUGAUGGCUUAUUCCAUAGACACGGACGACUUCAAGGGACUGUGCGACAGGGAGCCUGACUAUGUUUCAAUAUCCUUUAAAGGACUACACAACUUCGUUGAAAAGUUCAAUCGUAUUGCCAGUAAUCCAGUACUGCAAAAAGUACUCAAGAAUCUUAAUCUACCCGACGCACAAAAGCUGGGAAGUUUGAGCAAAUCAACAGAGAUCGCGCACAAGAACCAUCUCUGGACAACAGAGUCGAGUCCGAAUUAUCCAUUGCUCCGAGCUAUAGUCGAUUCUUUAACUCUGGCGACGGAAGAGAAGAUAGUCAUGACUGAUAUGGUUUCUCUUAUUAAUGAGAAACCAAAACCUGGAAAUACUGGUGUAACAACUAACAGCAUAUUUACAGUUGUCUGUUAUUUCUGUUUCCUUUAAACUACAAUAAUUAAUAGUUGAAAAGAAUAUUUUAUAAGGCAAAUUUUUAAGAGCUCAAGUUCGUAACACACUGGAAGACGCAUUAUGUAUUAAUAAAUAAAAUUAAAUUGUCAAUAUUAUGAUUGAUUAAUUUGUUUUUAUAUUUUCUAU